AACAAUUCAAACGCUCCCGCUGGUGCCUGUACCCCAUGGCUGAUGACAUUGUUAGCCAAGUCCUCACGUCUGGGGCAUAGACUCGAGCUUUGGCCCAAACACCACUCUGUGUUCCCCGACGAUCUGAAGGUCAUUUCUCUAUUACAAUCUUGCAAACAAACCUCAGAAAUCUCUCAAAUCCAUGGCUCUAUGGUCAAGACUGGUCUCGACUGCGUUCCUUUCACAUUGAGCAAGCUUCUUGUCUCUUCCAUUCAUGACAUUCAAUAUGCGGCCUCCAUUUUCAACCACAUACAAAACCCAAAUCUCUUCAUGUUCAAUACCAUGGUCAGAGGCUAUUCCAUCAGUGAUGAUCCAACGCAUGCUUUUCGUGUUUUCAAUAACUUGAGGGCUCAAAAUAUCACGCUAGACCAAUUCUCUUUCAUCACGACGCUCAAAGCUUGCGCUCGUGAAUUGGCCAUUGGGACCGGUCAAGGGAUUCAUGGGAUUGUUGUGAGGUCUGGGCAUGGGAUGUUUGUCAAUGUAAAGAAUACCCUUUUGCAUUUUUACUGUAUUUCUAGGAAAAUGGAAGAUGCACAUAAGUUGUUUGAUGAGUUUCCUCAAGGAAAUGACUUGAUUUCAUGGAAUACUUUGAUGGGCGGUUAUCUUCAUGUGUCUCAGCCUCAAGUGAUUGUAGAUUUGUUCAAGCAAAUGUGUAGGAACGGUUUUGAAGCUAGUGUUACCACCGUUUUGAACCUUUUGUCUGCCAUUGGUGAUUUAGGAAGUUACCUUGGAGGAGAGUCUCUUCAUGGGUACUGCAUCAAGAUUGGCUUUUGUUCGGAUUUACAUGUGCUUACGGCUUUGAUUGAUAUGUAUGCAAAGAAUGGGCAAAUUGAUUUAGGACGUCGGAUUUUCGAUGGAGUUGCUGUGAAGGAUGUUGUAUUAUGGAAUUGUUUGGUGGAUAAGUAUGCAAAAUGUGGCCUGGUACAAGAAGCAGUAGCUUUGUUGCGGUUGAUGAGACUUGAAAGAAUGAAACCCAAUUCAUCUACACUGGCAGGACUGCUUUCGGCUUGUGCUGCUUCUGGGUCUGUAAGUGUAGGGAGUUGCAUUAAGGAUUAUGUGGAAGAAGAGAACUUGGUUUUGGAUGCGGUUCUUGGAACAGCUCUGGUUGAUAUGUAUGCUAAAUGUGGGUUUUUGGAGAAGGCACUUGACAUCUUUGAAAGCAUGGAAAGCAAAGAUGUGAAAUCAUGGACAGCCAUGAUUUCGGGUUACGGUGUUCAUGGGCAGGCAGGCAAUGCCAUAAGGCUGUUUUAUAGAAUGGAAGAGGAGGGGUGCCAACCUAAUGAAGUCACUUUCUUGGCUGUGUUAAGUGCUUGCAGCCAUGGAGGGCUGGUGACAGAGGGAGUUAGAUGUUUUGAGAUAAUGGUUUGCAAGCAUGGAUUUGUGCCAAAAGUUGAACACUACGGUUGUAUGGUAGAUCUUUUGGGUCGUGCAGGAUUGCUGGAGGAAGCACAUACACUAAUUGAAAGCUUGCCCAUCAAGAGUGACAUUACGGCAUGGCGUGCAUUGCUUUCAGCUUGCAGGGUUUAUGGGAACGUUGCUCUUGGGGAAACUGUAAAGAGAGUGUUAAUACAACUUAAUGAUGAUCAUCCCACCAAUUCAAUGCUAUUAUCAAGUACUUAUGCGAUUGCUGGAAGGUUGCCAGAUCAUACGAGAAGAACACAGGAAAAGGAGGAUGAAAAGAUGGUGAGAGGAGAGAAAUUCAGGCCAGUUCGAAAAGAAGAAAACCUGAUAAAGGAAGCUGGACGUAGCACAAUUGAGAUGGAUAGUCAAGGUUGAAAAAAUAAAAGUCAGCAAAUGACCUGGUAUAUAUUCAUAUAUUGGUUUUCGUUUGUUCGA